UACCACUCAUUUUAAAAUGCAUGUCGAACCUACCGCCUUGAAUGAGCCUCGGAAAGGUGCGUAAACAAUACGCCAACGGAAAUUUUCGUCCGGGCAUUUCUUUCAUAUUCAAACAGAAUAAACUAAUCAAAAGCAACGCAAGGACGCAUUACAGGUUUUAUUCUCAGCUGUAAUUUUUUUUUUCAUAAGAUUGACCAGCACCAAAAUGCAUUCGUGAUGCAGGCUGCAAACAAUCAGCAUUCUACUGCAAUGAAGAGGUGUUAGUGUUUCAAUGCGUUAAUGAAGCAUUGCUCCAUGUGUUACAUCGCCACGAAGCUUUGAGGAUACAUAUAUUUUAUUUUAUUUAUUUUUUUUGCAAGCAGGGAAAUUCUCCAGAAGGACAGCAAGAGAAAUUGCAGUAACGUACGUGUUGCGUCUGCGCAAUAGAACGUGCAACCCGUUUUCCAGCCGAGAUGACGGUGACAGGGAAACGACAUAGUAGGCUCACAUAAAAUAAAAGAACCUCGUCAAAGCAUGGCGAAUGCCGUUUAAAGAUCCUCGCAUUUUUGCUCUGUUAUCGGCGUUUUUGGUGUUGCGGUCAUUCCGUUGUGUAUUUCAGGCAAAAUUCGGAUUUUCCGUCUACCUGGUGUGCCGGCAGGCUCACUGCUAGCAACGUGAAUUUCUUCGGUUCCCAACGUUUGGAUGCGCAUCGAAAAUUUGGCCAGUGAAGAAAGCCCAAGUUUGUUCCGCUUCUGGACGUAAUGGGCUACGGCCCAUUCACGGUUGAUUAAAGCAAAGAAAAAAUCCAUGCAAUCAUUCGAUGUUAGGAUAAAACUGCUCUGAAUCUACCCUAGUGGAAAUCAGCAGCGUGCAAGAUAACUUAAAAGUGAUAGGAAAUUCUUCCAAGGUGCGAGUGUGUGAAAUCGUUCCGCUUCUAUCGCAUGUCGAGAUUGAGGGUUCGCGUGUUUUCGUAGGAACUUAAUGCCGCGAGGACAAGACAUACAUGUAUGCGAUAUAAUUGAUGGUUGUUCGAUGCAAAUCUCGGCUCCAUAGUUCUACAAACUGGACUAUGUAUUAACUGUGAUCGGAGUAUAAAAUUGUCUGUGCGCUAUUGACUAGUGUUGUAGCAUGUCUAUGUUUUGGCUCACAAAAACAUUUUAAACUUCAUUAAACAAUAGACCUUUUCAACUCUAUUGUUGUGACUAGAAACAUACUCGAACCGAGCUAUAACAUCUAAUGAAGGAUGGAUAUCGUACCAGAAGGAAACAAUUUCGUGAUCGUUAAGGAAUGCGAGCUACCAGCAAUGAUGGAAGAACUGGAAAAAUAUUUUCCCCAUUCUUUAAAGUUCCACCAAACUAUUAAAACGUACCUGAAUGAUAGAGUAUGGCGAUUUCAAUUUUACAGAGCAAAGACUUGGCCCGAAGAUCCCGUCUGUUUGCAUUUUCCAGGCUGCACAUAUACGCCGGAUAAUAGGACAAAUGAAAGCGUAGGUAUUUUUUGUCCGCCAGACAAACUAGAGCGAAUGGAUCUGAUUAAAGACGAGGACAUUCUUUUUGAAUGGCACAGUCCACUGUACAUGAACUUUACCCAUGUAGGCAUCAUGUUCAAGAUGGAAGAGAUAUUUAGGGAAAAAGUGAAUGGCAAGUUAGAUGGGCAUAUCUACGGUGACAUUUACGUGCACGAAUGUCCGUCUGAGUUGGAUUUGGCGCUGGAACCGCUGGCAGCGAAUGAAGUGAUCAUGAAACCGCUGUGCAUCGAUGAUGUGAAGGACAUUCACGAUUUGUAUCCGGCCGGUGAUAUCGAAAGUCUUGAGCUGUUUGAAAAAUUAGUCCGCCAACUUCCAGGGUUUGGCGUGUUCAAUCAAUCGGACAAUGAGCUAGCAGCAUGGAGCUUGCAGUCUUACUACGGUGGAAUGUUUUCUAUGCAAACUAAGCCGAAGUUCCGAAGAAAAGGAUACGGCAUUCAACUUGCACAAUCGCUGACGAAGUUGGUAAUUCAACGGGGAUACAUACCGUUUGUUGUCAUAAGGCCUGAAAACGAUGCUUCCCGUGGGCUGUACACGAAGCUGGGAUUUCGAAAAGCGUUCGAGAGUGUACGUGGCACUUUUGUGCCAUUUUCUGACGAAAAUCAUUCCCAGAUUGGCUUGCCCACUGACGUACAAAAUGAAACAUCGGCCGAAGAGUUAACCCGAGACCAGAAUUGCACAAUGGAAGCCACCGGAAAAACAAACGGGAUCGUUGCGGACAAGGGAAAGGAUAUAUGCUGAAUUUUAACUAACGUUAUCAAACACGGAGAAGCCUCGUGCAGAUUAUAUUGAUAAAAUGAUCUUUGAAAACGUUUUAAAGUAAGAUUAAAAAACCAGGUUCAAUAUUUAUCAUACUAUCAAAAACAUCCUGCAGCCGGAAGUACAGGAGAAGCAUAAAUCGCUAAUGCAACUGACGCUAAUGCAGCAAUAGCAGAUGCGCAGCAGCAGCAGCAGCAGCGGCGGCAAAACAGUAGCAGCAACAGCAGCAGCAGCAGCAGCGGCAGCGGCAGCAGCAGCAGCAGCAGCAGCAGCGGCAGCAGCAACAGCGGCAAUAGCCAGCAGCAAUAACAGAAGCAGCAGAAGGAAUUGCAGAGCCCAACAAACAGCGUCAGCAGCACUAAAAAUAACACUGAUUAUUCGUUUCUGCUGCUGAUUCGCUGCCAUAUAGCCGCACCCGCAACAGCCUAUGCAGUCACAAAUAAUAGAUAGAUCUCUUAUAUAAAUUUCGAACCAAUAUAUAACUUUGCUUUAUCUUAAA